AUGGCCAAGCUUAUGAAACCAGGCCGCAUUGUAGUCGUGCUCGCAGGCCGUCGUGCGGGCCGCAAGGGCAUCAUCGUCCACUGCAACGAGAGCCCGAGCAAGCGCCGCCCGUACGCUAACUGUUUGGUGGCGGGUGUCGACAAGCACCCGCUCAAGGUCACCCGCAACAUGAGCAAGGAGAAGAUGCAGAAGCGUAUGCGCAUCAAGCCCUUCGUGAAGUACAUCAACGUGAACCACCUUAUGCCCACCCGCUACACCGUCACCGGCCGCAUCGACCCCAAGACCCUGGUGACCGACGAGCAGAUGGAGAACCAGGCCACGCGCAAGGAGGCUCGCAAGGCAUUGAAGGCGGUGCUCGAGGAGACCCUGAACAACCCCGACCCUGCCGACGGAAAGAUCUCCAAGGAUGCACUCUUCCUCAGGAAGAAGCUGAGGUUCUAA